AAUCACUUCGGGGCGGCGCGAGUUGUUAUGAGGCAAGACGAGUGCGGAAGAUGCCCAACGUCAAGCUCAUCUACGGCCCGGAGCACCGACUAUUGACCAAUGUAGCCAACCUUGAGGGAUUGCGUCGUGUGGCUGCUGACAAGCUCGCCUGCGCCCCUGCCAAGGUUAUCCUUGCUUUCAAGGAGCCCGAGAGCGGCGACCUCUGGGACAUUGAGGAUGCUGGUGUCUUCGAGGAGCUUGCCGCAAACAGGCAGGCUUUCCAUGCGCGUAUCAAGGAAGGCAGGCCUACCACUAUAGUAGGCGCUGGACCUGGACCUUCGACUCUUGGAUCUGCGGCAGCCGGCCAUCCGAGGCCGGUGGAUGCCGCACGAGUUGGGCAAAAGGGACCAGAUGGAGGACUUGAGAGGUCGACAUCGGGACUGCGCCAGGCCCGACAAAGCCGAAGCUCAUCUGAACGCCGUGGACGCAAACGGAGCAAUGUCGCCGUCUCACACAGCGAUGACGACAGAAGAUCUGAGAUAAGACGUGGCAGGCAGAGCGACAGUGGGAUACAUCAAGUCGAUGAAGAAGAGGAGCAGGUCAACCGACAGCUCCAAAUACCCGCAUAUGCUGAGCCCAGCAGCCGCGCACGCUGGAACGAAGCUGAUACAAACGAGUUCUGGCGAGUCUUCGUCUCGGAAGUUCAGCUGAUGCCAGAGCCCAACCCGAUCUACACGAGGGAACAGGCCGUAUCGCUUUUCCGAACGAUAGUUGCAAGGCAUGGAUCCUCAGGGUCCGUUAGCAAGGUUGUGGCUGGCAGGACCGCAGGUGCUCUGGACUCGCGGGCAAGAGUGCUUGUCACCGACGCUCGUGACAGAGGCACACCCCUCAGCUAUCGGAUCUUUGCCGUAUUUCCCACGUCCGAGGAGAAGAGGGCCGCAAGGCUCCAGCAAGCCAGAUCGGUUUCGGCAACGUCGUCAGCAUCUGCCUCUGCUGAUCGCACAGGCUCAGCACGACGAAGUGCCAGUCGCGAGAGGCCGAGGAGGCGAGACUCCAUCGCUUCGUCGUCAUCGCGCCACUCCCAGCAUCGUCCUCAGUCGGACGGGCGGACUUCCACGAAUCGCUCCAGUGCAGCGGCAUCGUCAUCUGCUCAUCCGCAUGUCCAGCAACGAAAGAGAAGACGCCGUGAUGAGCAGAGUGAUGCACAAUUGCUCUCUGCAGAUAGCGACAGCGACGAAGAUGGAGUUGAUGAGCACGAUCGGCGGGCCACGCUGUCCAAAUCAGCCUGGAAUCGCAGCUCCAGAGAUAGACCUCCUCCAGUCGUCAGCGCGAGGAGUGUCCGGGCUCCCUCCAAUGCGCAUCUUAUCAAUUACAAUCCGUUCGCACGCUUCGCCGUUCCUUCAGUGGCCCGUCAACUUUCGAAUCCACCCUUGGAUAUUGGUGCCACGAGCAUUUUACAAGAAGACGAGCCUGGCACGCCUCCGUCAGCCGCGGCGACUCACGCACAAGCGUCGCCAAGCUCGUCUGCAACAAACAGGGCCAGAGGUGUUGCUCUGGAUGAGGUUACAACGGACGCACCACGCGACGCCUCACCUUUACAGGAGAGACAAGGCACAGUCACCGUCAAGUUGGAAGAGGAAGAGAUCGACGGGGAGGAAAGAGAUGAGUUGAUGACAGAUGCAGGAUCGAGCCUGGAAGCCAGCCUUCCUGUCAUCCCCGCCAGAUCCUUGAGAUCUGCAAGACGCACCUCGGAGAGAGCCACUACAGCCAGAGCCGGAGCCGCGGGAAGCAUAAGCGACCUGAAGCAAGCGGAAGAUCGCGCGAGAAAGGCCAUCCGUAGAGGUCUGGACGACCACCUCCUCGACCUGAAGCUCACAGAUCGUCGCAUCACGCUCCCUGCGGUCGUCUGGAUGGAUCCAUUUGUAGAUGCGUUGCAAGAGUGGCUGCCCCCUAGGUACAACACUCGCCAAUCUCCUCCGUACGUAGAAGACGCGCAGCAGAAUCACUUCGAGCGAUUCGUGUCAGGGGGUUUCGAUGAAAUCUUUGGCUGCGCCUUUCGGGGCUUGGACCCAAGCAUGUCCAUCAGGAGAACCUCGUUCGCGGCCUGCAGACUGCUUCAUGAGAUCUUAGGUCGCAUAGCCCUGGUAGCACAGGAGAGCGGUAAUGUCGAGAUGUCUGAUGGAGUCGACAUUCUGUUCAAGCUCGUCGAGGCGAAGGUUUAUGGUGAGACGGACUCAUCUCGGCCUUUACCGUCAAGACAGCCAUGGCCGUACAUCGAUGUCGCCGCGGCCUUGUGCCUCACCACGGCGGGUCUCGCCGACAAAGCCGGUUCAAGCUUGCUCGAUCGGAUCAUGGCCGCUCGCCGCCUGAGAGCCGCCAUCACGUCGUCAACAUCGGCGUCUCACUUAGGUCAGCAAGAGAGUGGGCCUUUCACGUUUGCGUCGCUAGACAAGUUACAGGACUUUCUCAGCAAGCUGAUGGCUUCACGCCAGUUCUUGGCGAGGUGCGAGAGCAUGCGAAGUUUUAUUGUCGAGCACAGGCAGAGGCAGACGCAAAGUGGUGCAUCGCCUCCUGCUGUGCGAAUCAGGAAGGAGGUCCUGGAUCUUAUUGAGGAGGCCCUGGAGGAAGAAACGAAGCGGGUGCAACUAGGUCUUGAAGCUCAGCAGGACUCAGGCCGGCAACACGAUCAAGGCAAAAGAAAAGAGAAACUCGAGGCGAUCUUGAAAGCCUCAUAUGAUUGGAACAGCUCUGGCGACCUCGCCAUCUGAUCAACUUACGAUAACGUUGUAAUAAUUAGCAUUUUGAGAAUCU